CAUGGGCCCAAUGGGGGAAGAUCCCGGAAGCGUCUCCAGCUUUGCUAAGCGGCAAAGUUGGGACUUGGCGUUGUCCUGUCUGCUCCAGCAAGGGCCGCUCUCAGACGGCCGCGUCUAUGUGCAGGUGGUCAAGGCCUGCGCGCAGCGCGUGCAGUGGCAGCACGCCUUGCUGGUGACGGAGUUGCCUGCCCCCCCCAGCAGCCGUGAAUUCAUUGCCACUGCCGCGGUGAAUGCGAUGGGCAAGGCGACAAGGUGGACAUGGGCCUUGGAGAUUCUCCAGCGGCUGCAGUCUUCCCUGCAAGUUGGCUUAGUUACCUACAACGCCACUCUCAGUGCACUGGCCCAAGGGCAGCAGUGGCAGCUCGCUCUGCAACUGCUCACAGAGAUGGAGGGCACGGACAUCAUCAGCCACAACAGCUGCCUGAGCGCCUGCGAGCGCGGGAGUCAAUGGCAGCAGGCCCUGCAGGUCCUGCAAAACCUCAGCGAGCUGAGUCCGUCCCAGCCUGAUAUCAUCACCUUCAGCACCAGCAUCAGCGCAUGUGCCAAAGGGGAAGCGUGGCAAAGUGCGCUAACCCUUUUCGCAGAGUUUCGUUCCAAGCAGCUUGGGACAAACUUGAUCUUAUUGUCUGCAGCUGCGAGUUCUUGUGAGAAGGGCUCACAAUGGCAGUCAGCUCUGGCGCUGUUCGAGGAAGCCAACCAGAUGGACCGCGGACCUGACAUCGUUUUGAUGGGUGCGGUGAUCAGCGCCUGCGGGAAGGCCGCCCAGUGGCAGCGCUGCCUGCAACUCCUCAAGCAGACCAAACUGCUGAGGAUCCGCAGCAAUCUCAUCACCUACAACGCCUGUUUGAGCGCCUGCGAAGCUGUCAGUGAGUGGAGUCCAGCCCUGGCACUUCUGCAGGCAGCUUCUGACCAACAGCUGCAGGCCGAUGUGAUCACUGCGGCAUGUUGCAUCGGUGCGUGUGGCAGUAGAUGGGAGGAGGCGAUGGAUUUGCUGCAGAAGUUUCAGCUGAGUCGCUUGCGCUUCAAUCUGGUAGCCUACACUGCUGCCAUCAGCAGCUGUGAGAAGGCCAAGCAGUGGCAGCAGGCUCUCAGCAUUCUGGCAGAGGUCGAGCAGGAACAGCUGCAACCGGAUGUGAUUCUGCUGUCGGCCGCCAUCAGCGCCUGUGAGAAGGGCGAGAAGUGGCGUGACGCUUUGUUGCUGCUGGAGCGUUGCGAGGCCGCCAACGUCAUCGCCUUCUCUGCCAGCAUCAGCGCCUGCGAGAAGUGCGGCCGCUGGGUGCAGGUCGUGGAGCUCCUUCGGCACCUGCGCUACGCCAGGCUGCAGCCAACAAUCACCACCUACAACGCAUCCAUCAGCGCGUGUCAAAAGGCCACGACUUGGCAGGUGGCAUUGCACUUGUUCCACGACUUGCAGGUCCAGCGUUUGCAAGCAGACCGCAUCAGCUUCUAUGCCGUCUUGGCGGCCUGCGAAGCCAGCGCAUGGCAAAAGAGCUUGGGGCUGCUACAGAAGAUGAUGGACGAUACCGUGCCAGGGGACGUGGUAUCCUUCAGCAGUGCAUUGAAGGCCUGUGCCAUGGCGCAGCAGCCGCAGUCGGCGGUGUUGGCCAUGACACAGCUGGAGUCUGCCGCACUGCGAGCGUCAUGAGAAGGAUCAUCGGAUCCCGGUUCCUAACU